UUUUUGUCUCCUUAGCCACCACUGGUCCAAGCAAUUUUCAAUGGUGAUCCUGAUGAGAUACGUGUAUUAAUCUACAAAACUGAAGAUGUUAAUGCUCUGGACACAGAGAAGCGUACCCCACUUCAUGUUGCUGCUUUCUUGGGAGAUGCAGAGAUUAUUGAGCUCCUCAUCUUGUCCGGAGCCCGGGUCAAUGCCAAGGACAACAUGUGGCUGACUCCUCUCCACCGAGCUGUUGCUUCAAGGAGCGAAGAAGCCGUACAAGUAUUGAUUAAGCAUUCAGCUGACGUCAAUGCCCGAGACAAGAACUGGCAGACACCCCUACAUGUCGCAGCUGCAAAUAAAGCUGUGAAGUGUGCUGAAGUGAUCAUUCCACUUCUGAGUAGUGUCAACGUCUCCGACAGAGGAGGUCGGACAGCAUUACACCACGCAGCUCUGAAUGGCCAUGUUGAAAUGGUGAAUUUGCUUUUGGCUAAAGGGGCAAACAUUAAUGCCUUUGACAAAAAGGACCGAAGAGCUUUACACUGGGCAGCAUACAAGGGCCAUUUAGAAGUUGUUUCGUUACUGAUCAGUCAUGGGGCUGAAGUGACAUGUAAAGAUAAGAAGGGUUACACUCCACUUCACGCUGCUGCAUCCAGUGGCCAGAUCAGUGUAGUGAAACACCUGCUCAAUCUUGGUGUGGAGAUUGAUGAAAUGAACCUCUAUGGAAAUACUGCCCUUCAUAUUGCUUGUUAUAAUGGACAGGAUUCUGUGGCUAAUGAGCUGAUAGACUAUGGAGCUAAUGUCAAUCAGCCUAAUAACAGUGGAUUCACUCCCCUGCAUUUUGCUGCUGCUUCUACUCAUGGGGCCCUUUGUUUGGAACUGCUUGUGAAUAAUGGGGCAGAUGUAAACAUUCAGAGUAAAGAUGGGAAAAGCCCACUGCAUAUGACAGCUGUCCAUGGGAGGUUUACGCGAUCACAAACUCUUAUUCAGAAUGGAGGUGAAAUUGACUGUGUUGAUAAGGAUGGCAACACUCCCCUUCAUGUGGCUGCAAGAUAUGGACAUGAGCUUUUGAUUAAUACCUUAAUAACCAGUGGAGCUGAUGCUGCCAAAUGUGGCAUCCAUCGCAUGUUUCCUUUACACUUGGCAGCACUUAAUGCACACGCUGACUGCUGUAGGAAGUUGCUUUCAUCAGGACAAAAGUAUAGCAUAGUGUCCUUGUUUAGUAAUGAGCACGUGCUGUCUGCAGGCUUUGAAAUAGACACCCCAGAUAAAUUUGGAAGAACGUGCCUCCAUGCUGCUGCUGCAGGAGGCAAUGUUGAUUGUGUGAAACUCUUGCAGAGCAGUGGAGCAGAUUUGAAUAAAAAAGACAAAUAUGGAAGAACACCUUUGCACUAUGCAGCUGCAAAUUGUCAUUUUCAAUGUAUUGAGAUGCUGGUAACCACAGGGGCCAAUAUUAAUGAAACCGAUGACUGCGGACGAACAGCUUUACACUAUGCUGCAGCCUCAGACAUGGACAGAAAAAAGAAUAUUUUGGGUAACUCCCAUGAAAACACUGAAGAAAUUGAAAGAUCCAAUGAAAAGAAGGAAAAAGAAGCUGCAUUAUGUCUAGAAUUUCUUCUUCAAAAUGAUGCAAACCCUUCAAUCCAGGACAGAGAUGGCUAUAAUACAGUGCACUACGCUGCUGCUUAUGGACACAGGCAGUGUCUAGAACUGCUUCUGGAGAAAACAAAUAACAUUUUUGAGGAAUCAGACUCAACAGCAGCAAGAAGUCCUUUGCAUUUAGCUGCCUAUAAUGGUCAUCAUCAAGCGUUGGAGGUGCUGCUUCAGUCACUAGUAGAUCUGGAUGUUAAGGAUGAAAAAGGACGUACGGCCCUGGACCUUGCUGCAUUUAAAGGACACAUGGAAUGUGUCGAAGCGCUCAUCAAUCAGGGUGCUUCUGUCACAGUGAAAGAUAACAUCACACAACGAACCCCGCUUCAUGCCUCAGUCAUCAAUGGUCAUACAUCAUGUCUACGACUUUUAUUAGAAGUAACAGAUAACCCUGACGUAGUGGAUGCCAAAGGACAAACUCCACUGAUGCUAGCUGUGGCUUAUGGGCACAUAGACGCUGUUUCUUUGUUACUUGAAAAAGAGGCAUCUGUUGAUGCAGCUGAUAUCCUGGGAUGCACUGCUUUACAUCGAGGGAUUAUGACAGGGCAUGAAGAAUGCAUUCAAAUGCUGUUGGAACAAGAAGUAUUAAUUCUGUGUAAGGACGCCAGAGGCAGGACACCUCUACAUUAUGCAGCAGCUCGUGGUCAUGCCACAUGGCUGGGUGAAUUAAUGCAGUUGGCACUUUCAGAAGAAGACUACAGUUUUAAAGAUAAUCAGAAUUAUACACCAUUGCACUGGGCUUCUUAUAAUGGAAAUGAAAACUGUAUAGAGGUACUGUUGGAACAGAAACCUUUUCGCAACUUUAAUGGAAACUCUUUUUCUCCAUUGCACUGUGCAGUAAUAAAUGAUCAUGAAAAUUGUGCUUCACUACUCAUUGGGGCAUUUGGUGCCAGCAUUGUCAAUUGUAAAGAUGAAAAAGGAAGAACUCCACUUCAUGCAGCGGCCUUUGCUGAUCACAUGGAAUGCUUGCAGCUACUUUUAAGUCACAAUGCACAAGUAAAUGCUGCAGAUAAUUCAGGGAAAACUCCACUUACCAUCGCUGCUGAAAAAGGGCAUGUAGGGACUGUCGAUUUUUUGGUGAACAGUGCUAAGGCCGAUCUAACCUUGACGGAUAAGGACUUGAAUACAUCCUUGCACUUGGCUAGCAGUAAAGGUCAUGAAAAAUGUGCCUUGUUAAUACUUGACAAGAUACAAGAACAGAGCCUUAUUAAUGCAAAAAACAAUGCAUUGCAAACACCUCUUCAUAUUGCUGCACAGAAUGGCUUGAAGAUGGUAGUUGAGGAAUUAUUAGCAAAGGGGGCGUGUGUACUGGCAGUAGAUGAAAAUGGUCAUACACCAGCCCUGGCUUGCGCUCCUAACAAAGACGUGGCUGACUGCCUGGCACUCAUUUUGGCUACCAUGAUGCCUUUUUCUCCUUCCAGUACAAUGACGCCUCUCAACUUCGUUUCUUUUAAAAAAGACCAUUUGAGCAGGACUCAUCUCUGCAAUAGCUCCAAUAUGAGUAACACCCUUAACUCAUAUAGUAAACCCUUGAGUAACGAUGUAGGAGCAGAAAACGGAUACAAUGAAAAUGAUUCUGAUUCUGAAACAUUUUGAUUUUUAACAUUCAGUGCUCCUUUCUUGUUUGCAUUUGGAUUUAAUCUGAAAUUUCCUUUAGAAACACCUGAAUUCCUGAGUUUCAGGUCACCUUCAUUUAUGAAUGAGAACGGCAAAGACUAAAAUUUGCAAUUAAAUAGAGCCUUUUAGAAAAUCUAAGGAUUUUUUUUAGAAUGCACUCUAGUUAAUGUUCUACUUCCAGCACUACUGUGCUUUCCAUAAAUUCUAAGGGCUCCUCUGGAAGUCUCUACCUCCUGUUAUAUGCAGAACAAAGAAGCUGCCUUUUUCUGUUUUGACAGCACAAGUAAACAGGGAACUGUUACAUUUAUAUUAAUGUGUUAGCUAUAUUAUACUGCUGAUAUAAAAUCAUUUUUCCAGUAUAGUGUGUCUAGGUUGUCAGAAGACAUUCCCAUCUCUAGUAUCUCUUGUAUAGAUAGAUGGUCUUCAUUUUUAGGCAUCUUUGUCAUAAAAACCAAAGGUAAAGCCACAAAUUUUGAUUUGGGUUUGAACAAAUACUGCCAAUAUCACCACUUUCUGUGGCAAUUUAGACUUCUAAAUUCAUCACAGUAAUACACGAUGGGUGUUUUUAGAACAAUAGGUAUUUGCGACUUCCAUUUAUAAUUUAAAAUCUUUAGGAUCAAAUCUUGCUUGCCUCAGUCACAACAUACCCACCUGCAGCUGCAGCAAAGAAAUUAUUGUAGAGGCAGAUGAGAUUUGCCUUAAUUUUUGUUACCAUUCAGCACAAGCAUGCAUGGUUUAUUUGCACUCUCCAAGUAGGGAUCCUUGGAAACUUGUUACCUGUGCUGUCUAGCAAUUAUUUGUUCUAGGAAAAAUCAGUUCUAAAUGUAAUGCUUAACGCACCUAAAUGUUUCACCCUGCCCAUUUGAAUUGAUUUUUUGUUACCUUUACGUGUAAUAUGAUUUUUAUCAUAAGCAUUGUCUGGUUUUUUGGAAAGUGUACAACAUUGAGAUAAAUCAAAUUACAAUCCUCUGUAUUUACUAUUGCUGUGCUAAGAUGCAAACAGGAGAUAAAACCAAAACAUAAAGUGGAAAAGUUAAGUAAUCUUACAGAAGGGAAUUGGGUUGUACUAAACAGUCCUGCUGGCAUCAGUUUACUUUUUAAACAUUUGCAUUAUGAAUAUCUACUCCUUCUGCCAAAGCUUCUAGGUCAAACGGACCCUUUUCCUCGCCUGAGAAAGGUGUACAGAAAGAAGAGUGAGACUCUUAAAAUAUAAAGAACUAACCAGCUAUACCAUGAGGACCAAAAGGCUUCAGAAGACUUUAUUAUUUUUUUAAUAAUGCAAGGAAAAAAAAUCAAGUAACUUUUCUAAUCACAAAUGCACAAAAUGUGUUUUCUGUAAUUAAGAGUCUUGGGUUAUUUCUAGUAGAUACUUUGACAUUUGUAACCGAUGAUGAUGAUGUGUUGAUCACAAUUUAUUUUUCCAGACUAGUGUUCGUAUUUGUAAUGUUCAAUGUGUUUAUAUUUAUUUGAAAUGAAACAAGUGCCCAGAAAAAUUGACCAUGGUUUGUCCUCCUUCUUAGUUCUUUUAUGUGUUAUUAGCUAUGAAUUUAAGCAAAUUUAGUAUGCUGAGUUUGAUGGAACAAAUGGGCACAGUUAUGGUUUUCAGCUCUUAUGCAACAAGCUUGGAAUAGCUUCAAAAGCCAAAUGCUAUUCAUGCAUACUUUAUCAAGAGCAAUUGAAGAAUACAUUACAUAGUAUUUGUUGCCAGAGUAGAGGGGAAAAUAUAAAGGGAAAAAAAUGUGGGAUUUAUUCUUUAGAAAGGGGAUUUUUAGAAUUUGUCAUAGUGCAAAAGGAGAAUUAUGGAAUCAAGAGAGAACUGUCCUUCCUCCUUCAUGGAAGCAAAAUACCUUUUUACGUGAAAUAGAAGCAGUAGACCAUUGACUGCUUUGUUGUCUGUUCUAUACAGGUUUUUGAAAUAAUUUAAUAUAACUGCUCAUUGCUAUAUAUCCAAGUACGUUAGAAAUAUAAAUGUGAAUUUAUUACUGGGUGAUCAGUGUAAAAUGUAACAAAGGGGAUCACAAUAGUUUUGCUCGGCUACCAACUAUAAACAAGAAGAUUUGCUGGAAAAGCUUCCAUCUUGAGACUGCACCUUCAUCUAAGUGGGAUGUAUUUUAACUCUGGGCUGUACAACUUUUCAUUGCAAAAAAUAGAUAGAAAUAGACUUCUUACAAUGUAACAGAAGUGUACAAAAUAUUUCCAAUUUGAAACAGCUAAUUCUGCACAAUAUUGUUCUGACUUCACUGAAAGUGUUUUGUUGCUGAACCAAUCUUAUGAGAAGCGUUCCAAAUUCAAAAUGCUUUGUAUGCAUCUCCUACGCUUUAUUCUCAGAUUUCAGCCACUUUGUAGUUACACAAAAAAAAUGUCUGAAAUGUAAAGCUGCCACUAAAAGCUGUCCAAAACUCUGAGUUAUUCCUUUUUUUAACCCCAGCCAGUGUACAUAUUGAGAAAAAUUUCCCAGCAAAUACUGCUCUAAGGAGACAGAUUUGAGGGCCUCUGCCAAGUUUCUUUCUCAAACCCCCAGAAUACCUACGGCCAAAAAUACUCCUGUGAAUCAACUGAUCUUUCUGCCACACAGCUGCCUUUUUGUCCCAACUACUGAUUAACAUAUCAGAAAUUAAAUUCUCUCUCACAUAUAAAUAAGCACAACGUUAUGCACUUCUAUUCAAUACCCCAAGCUCUAUUUGAAUGAUUUAGGGUAAUAAAAUACUCUCCAGUUGUUUUUGAUUUGAUCCAUGAUGGUUAAAAAAAAUUCUCCACCAUGACACAUACUUCCAACCAGGUCUUAGGAAAGUUUUUCAUAUUACAAUUUGCAUUCUGUAGGAAUGAUGAAGUACAAAAUAAAAAGAGACUAUUUUUCUUAAGAAUGCAAGUGUGUAUAAAUUGUCACAGACCUUUAAUACAGAAAAUGGUAACUGGGAGUCUUUAAGAAAAAGGCAAUAUUUAUGCACACAUUUUGAAAUAUUAGCAUAUAUGUAAUGUCCUUUAAAUGAUAUCUAUAUCAUUUAAGUAUUGAUAUUGAGUAGGAACUAUAGUGUAAGAGGCCCUCACUAGUUUUUGGCUUGAUUCCUAUUAAAUUCUUAGGACAUUAAAUCCUGUUGAAUACUUGUUAUAUCCUGAGGAUUACAGGAUGUUCCUUAAAACCCAUAAUUAAGUUCGGCAGAGAAACUGUGGAUGCUUCCCAAUAGAGAGAUCUUAACUUCAUCUAUAAAAAGUAGUCCAGCAGCUUACCUGAUUUUUUGAAAAAAGAAGAGAAAAUGGAAGAAGUGAGGAAAAGAUAGGAAGGUCACUCUGUUUUGGUGAUUGCUCCUCAAAAGCUUUGUGUGGAAGUCUCCCAGAACUGCACAAUGCAGUCACAAUUUCAUUAAUGAUCCAACAAUUAGAGCACCAACUUUUAUAGAGCAUAGCAGCCCAGUUGUAUAACCCUUUAGGAAGCCGUGUGAUAUAAGCAGGAAAUUACUGUAUGCUCUACGUGUACUUUGAGAGGGAAGUGGCUAAGGUAAUGCUUGAGUAAUUUCUGCUUGUUAAAAUCUCUUCAGUAUAGAAUAGUGUUUCUUAAACUUUUUUCUCUCAGGACCCCUUCCCUCUUUUAAAAAUUAUGGAGGACCCCAAAAGAGCUUUUGUUUGUAUAGAUUAUAGUUAUUGAUAUUUACCAUAUUAAGAAUUAAAAUUGAUGCAUUCGCUCCACUCCUGCUUCUCACAACUGUUUGAUGGGAUUUUAAUAGUGUAUUAUUUUUCAACAUAGGCUGGCAAAUAAUUUUGAUUUCGCAGACCCCUGAGAGGGUCUUGGGGGACCCUCAGGGGUCCUAGGACCACACUUUAAGAAACAUUGGUGUAGAAGAACUGAGGGCAUUUCCACAUGAGAUUUGAUGCCACACUUGGAUCAGGGUGGCACUCCUAUAAUUUCACAACAUAGUUUUUGUUAGAGAGCUGAGCCAGUUUAUAUACUUAAGAGGAAUCUCUAAUUUCCCACUUUUCAGCAUGCCACGCUAGAGCUUGGGGACAGGCUGUUUUCUUGUUGGUGGGAACUCCCACCUCACAUUUUUCCCCCCUUAGCUGCUAAGCUGCCAUAGCACUCUCAUGUCCUUGCACCAGACUUCAAUGUUGCAGAGAUGUGGUUUUGCAGCUCCAGCUUAAAAGGCCUGGCUUUCUUGCACACUUUCUCACUGUCCCUCUUUCCCUCUCUCCUCUUUUUACUUUUCUAGAAAAAGGAAGUAUGGCAAGGAAAUGCGGGGGGUGGGUUGGCAUUGGCUUGAAUGUCAUUUUUGGUACUUCCCUGUUGGUCCAGUAGAAAGAAAGAUACUCAGCUCAUGAGGAGUUUUCAGCAGCUGAAUCAGGACAAUAACAGACUGUUGCCAGAAGCAUUCUGAGUUCAUGGAAUAGCAACAGUGGUUGUAUGGAGGUGCCCUCAUCAGUUGUGAGUAACCUGGAGCCUACUUAUCAGCUAUUGACAAUAGUUUGUUGUUGUUGUUUAAAUAAGAAGCAAUGCAUUUGAUUAUAAUGAUAUAGGCUAUGCAGGAAGGCAUGAGAGAAACAGAAUGACCAAGGAAAUAAAACUGACCACCAAACAAUCAGGGUAAUCAAACUACACUUACAAAUCUUUAAGUUUUCCUUCUUAGUACUGUAACAUUUGUAACUGAAGUGGAUAUUGUAGAAUAUUACUAAAUAUUAUUAAGCAUCACUUGAAACAAAGAACCAAUGUUUCCAUGUAGAAUUAAGUAGGAACAUCUCACUUUCUUCUUCCUUCUUCUUGGCUGAUCGUAUUGAGCUAGUCACCAUGAAAUCCACACACAUGCACAAACCCCACUGUAGCCUCCAGCAUUCCCAUAAAACUUCAGGAGAGUAGGGGCGUACCUUGCAGAGCAAGUUUGGGGAACAGAGGUCAAAGGACAGCCUACCAAGCAAGCAGAAAUCUUCUACAGCAUCGGGUGUGAUUCACAGUACAGUAAACCUCUCACACAAAUGGUUUGAUAGUGACUUCUUAUAUAAAUAAAUUCCUCAACAUGUUAUGCUAAAAUCCUCUGCAUAGCUCUGUGGAAAUAUAAUAGGAUAUAGUUCUGAGUUCAUGAUCAGAUUGCAUUGUGUCCCAUGAAUUUCUUUUCUAUCAACAAUCCCCGGCCUACUGUCUUGAAAAGACAAUUGGGCUAAAAGCCCAUUUAUACGAUCUUUUGAAUUUAAUAGGAUUUAUUUCUGAGUAGACCUGCGUUCAUUUGUAGUGCCAUCUUCACAAAAAAUGCUUACAGAUCUCUUUUAUAUAUAUUACUUUCAAAUAAAAGAAUAAUGAAGUCCAUCAUAAUGUAAAAUGGGAAAUUUGCAAUCAGUCCCACUGUAGAAUGGGUUCCAUUCUAAUUGCUUUCUUAUCUAAAUGGCAAUACGGUUUUGUAGCAGAUAAGGUACUGUAUUUAAACUAUAGUAAUAAAUAUCAGGUAAGGCCUGUUUUGAUUUGUUAAACCUUUUUUUUGUCAAAAGCUAAGCACUCUGUGCCACUGGAAUCAGUGGUGUUAAUUUGAUAAAGAUUGAGAAGCAUGAUCUAGAAGGUGAGUAAUAACGCAUGCACCUCUCUAUACUCACGUUUCGGUGUUAGCAGCUUGUAUUUCAUUCUUGUGAAACUUCAGCUGCAGGGUUGUAAUGCAUGGCACUUACCCCUUGCUGAUCUGUAUUGUUUCAAGUGUAAGAUAAACUAGCUCAGGGGAUAUCUGUUUAUCACUACUAAAAGGGCACCAUGUUAUGUUUUGGUACUAUUAUAGUAAACCUUUGUAUUUAACUAUGAAUUGAGUAAAUUCAAUUUCUUGUCUUCUCUGUUUAGAAACUUGAUAAUGCACCUGAGUUUCAUCAUGUAAGAAACUUUUAGAGUGCCUUUUUAUAUUUGUGUAUGCUGGAUAUGUAUUGUGAACAUGUCUUUCCUUCAUUUGAGUCAUACUGAAGCAAUAUAAUACCUAUAUGUUUUCAUUUCAAAGCUUUACUUUAAUGCUUUGUCCUUUUUAAAAAAUCUAUUUGUGUUGACAUAAAAUUAAUAUGCUAAAUUUGUAUAGGAAUUGUACACAAUUUUUUGAAGUGCUGCAGACACUUUCUUAUUACACAAAGCAAACCUUAAGUCAGUGUUAUUGGGAAGUGUGUUUUAAAAUGGUGACAAUCUUGAGUGUGUAUUAAAUGCAGCUAUAUGUGUUUGUAAUGCAGUGACAUACAUAUUAAAAAGCCAAUAUCUAAUGUUUUGUAGUUUUGUCUGCAUAUUUUAUGCUUUUAGCAUGUGCAAUAUAUCUUUACAAACCAUGGUGUCAUGAAUCUGGUGCCAGUGUUACAUUUUGUAUGAAAUAUUUGUAAUAAACAGUAUGAAAUAUUGUUGAAUGGUUUGUUGCUAAUUUUUUUAAAAUGUAAACUGAAUUUUAAUUAACCAAUGUGUUAAAUGACAUGGUUGUAAAAAAUGGAUAUGAGAUAUUACUUUGGACCAUAGACUAAGCGUAUUCAAGUUUAAUAUCUUUUCAACUACUGAAUGCUGUAUUCAUUGUAAUGGACUCUCUUAACUGCAAAUUAAUAUUAAAAUGCAUUCAGCUGGAUAUUUUUACAAAUAAAUGGUACAAAUACC